AUAAAUACAGACCUCCCAACACGUCCUUAGAGGUGAUUGAAUCUCUGGGAAUCAUGAUCUACAAGGCAUUGGACUACAGUCUGAAGGAGAGCGAGGAGAGAGAACUCAGUCCGCCUCUGGAGCAGCUCAUCGACAUGAUGACCAACAUGGCAGAGAAGGAGAGGGACAGUGACCCCUGCCCUGAUGAAGGUUACGAGGCCACAGAGGAGGAGGAAGACGAGGAAGACCCAAACACUGUCUGUAAUGUAAAAGGAUUCAGAGACAUCAUCAUGGUACGUCCUGUCUCACUGUAUCAACUAUAGUUACCUGUAACGAUACAACUCGGUGAUGCGUUAGAGCGGUACGAUGCGUUAGAGCGGUACGAU